UCUAUGAACUCGUUAUUAUCAAAUGUCCUUGCCAUUUUAACAUUCUUUAGCCUUGCAUCUCUAAAGUGGUUGGGUGCAGAAAAAUGCAAAUAACACAGAAAACAAUGAGGGAAAAGUUUUGAGAAAUACAGUGGUUGGGUUUGCUGUAACUGAGUACUAUCGCUGAAAAGCACUGGGGUAUUAGAUACUUAAGUGUGAACACAUGAUUUUGUGGGCUUUACUUCUGAGUUUCUUGAAUUCAAAAUACAGAUACAAUACCGGGUGGCUGUUUGCCUGUUUCCUUUUUAACAAUAUUCUUUUUCCAAAAGCUGUGAUAAGUACAUGGAGCCACAGAAUCUAACAGAUAUCUCAGAAUUCCUCCUCUUGGGCCUCUCUGAGGAUCCAGAACUGCAGCCCCUCCUCUUUGGGCUGUUCCUGUCCAUGUACCUGAUAACUGUGACUGGGAACCUGCUCAUCAUCCUGGCGGUCACCUCUGACUCCCAUCUCCACACUCCCAUGUACUUCUUCCUCUCCAACCUGUCCUUGGCUGACAUUGGUUUCGUUUCUACCACAGUACCAAAGGCGCUAGUGAACAUUCAGACAUGGAGCAAAUCCACUACCUAUGGGGGCUGCCUGAUACUAAUGACCUUUUUUUACCUCUUUGGAUGUCUGGACAAUCUGCUCCUCACUGUGAUGGCAUAUGACCUGUUUGUGGCCAUCUGUCACCCUCUGCAUUACACAGUCAUCAUGAACCCCCGCCACUGUGGCUUGCUAGUUUUGGUGUCUUUUUUUAUCAGCGUUUUGGACUCCCAGCUGUACAUUUCAAUGGUGUCACAACUUACCUUCUGCACAGAUGUGGAAAUCCCUCAUUUCUUCUGUGACCCUCCUCAACUCUUUAGCCUUGCAUGUUCUGACACUUCCAUCAGUAUCAUAUUAGUGUAUUGUAUUGGUGCCAUCUUUGGUGGUGUUCCGUUCUCAGGGAUCCUUUUCUCUUACAGUCGAAUUGUUUCCUCCAUUCUGAGAGUCUCAUCUUCAGGUGGGAAGUAUAAAGCCUUUUCCACCUGUGCCUCUCACCUGUCAGUUGUUUGCUUAUUUUAUGGAACAGGCCUUGGAGUGUACCUCAGUUCAGCUGUCUCAUCUUCUCCCAGGAAGUAUGCAGUGUCCUCAGUGAUGUACAGUGUGGUGACCCCCAUGCUGAACCCCUUCAUCUACAGCCUGAGGAACAGGGACAUCAAGAGGGCCCUGUGGAGGCUCCUCAGCAGAAUAGCCUACUAUCAACACUUGUGCCAUCUUUGGUGUGUGGGUUGGAAAAAUGGUAAAACCUGA